AUGGUCCAGCAAGGAGGUGGAGCUCAAGCAGCAGUCUAUUGCAUGCAGAGGGUGAAAGUAAGUGAAGCCAGCAAGCAGCUUGAAGAGGCUCCUGAAAUGUUGGCCUAUGAUUUGAGAACAACCACAGGCAGGGUUUCAGUGUACUGCCCAGCACUGUACUGCAAUGUCUUGUCUGACAGUUCUUCUCAGAAAGCUUUCCACAGGGCGAGAAGAGAGCUGGAUGCCCCAUCCCCGAUAGACUGUAAGCUGAGCGGCUGGAGCGCGUGGGGGCCCUGCGACCCGUGCACGUAUCAGAGGGUAAGACAGAGCCGCCAAGGUGGCGAGCAAGCGGCCCUGCCGGCCUCCGGGGUUGGGGAAAAUAGCAGCUUGCAGCCCUUAAGGUACAUGCGUAAUUUGUUUCGAUCCAGAAGUAUUGAGAAAUUUGGACAAUUUGGUGGAAAAUCAUGUCUGGAGACUUUGAGAGAUUCACAAAGCUGUAAAACCAGCCAAGCCUGUCCUGAAGGCCCAGAACCAGACUGUGGUACUGACUUUCAAUGCACUUCUGGUCGCUGUAUCAAGCAACGUCUCGUGUGUAACGUAGACAAUGACUGCGGAGACUUUUCUGACGAAGACGACUGUGAGUCCGAGCCGCGGUCACCGUGCCGUAAUCAUGACAUUGACGUGUCAGAAAUCGGCAGGACUGCGGGGCAAGGGAUCAAUAUCUUAGGGAUGCAGCCCCUGGCCAGCCCGUUCGACAAUGACUUUUUCAACGGCCUGUGUGAGCGCACACGUGACGGCAACACGCGCACCUACUACCGCAAGCCCUGGAACGUCGGCGUUCUCAUCUACGACACAAAAGCAGACAAAACCUUCACAGCUGAGUACUAUCAUGAUCGUGCAGAAAUGAUCCGAGAGGUUUACAUAGAAAAGCAAAGACAAUUUAACGUGGGUCUGUCUGUGAAAUACACACCUACUGACGCACGUGGCAACAUAACUGCACAGGGGAAUUUCAAGUAUCACUACAGCAAGAAUUCAAGUUUAAGUUCAGUCCUGAAAACCAUCACAGAAAGGAACCAAACCUUCCUGCACGUAAAAGGAAAGAUUCAGCUCGGAAGAUUCCAGAUGCGAAGUCGUGAUGUCCGUCUCACAGACAUUUUCCUUGAUGAUCUAAACUUUCUGCCUGCUGAAUAUGAUAAGGGGGAAUAUUUCAAAUUCCUAGAAGAUUAUGGAACUCACUAUGCAGUCUCUGGAACUGUAGGAGGAAAAUACGAGCUUGUGUAUGUGCUAGAUGAUUAUGCAAUGUCUCAUUCAGGUAUCACCGUAGAAGAUGUAAAAAAAUGCCUUGGCUAUCAUUUAGAUGCCAGUGCAACAUACAUGGGAUUGAGUGCUGAUCUUAAUAUUAAUGAUAAUAAAUGUCAAAAGAUUAAGGUGAGAGACAAAUUACACUAUAAAGAUGAUGCAGUCAUUGAUGAUGUCAUUUCCUUAGUUGAUGGAGGAAAGAUUGAUUUUUCAGUUAAAAUAAAAGAAAUGCUACUGCGAGGAGUAAGAACAGUAAACAUAGAGGAUUACAUAGAGUGGGCUAAGUCAUUGGUUGAUGCUCCUGUAGUGAUACAGCAACGGCCUUCACCAAUACAUACACUUGUUCCAGUUAAGAUGAGAGAUGCUUACGUGAAGAAACAAAAUUUGGAAAGAGCAAUUGAGGACUACGUUACUGAAUAUAGCACGUGCAAAUGCAAACCUUGCAAAAAUGGAGGCACUGUUGUGCUGGUGGAUGGAAUGUGUACAUGCAUGUGCUCUAGCUACUUUAAAGGAAUUGCUUGUCAGAUUCCCAAAUCUACACUAAUUAAAGUUGUCACCGAUGGAGGCUGGAGCUGCUGGAGUGCCUGGUCUGCCUGCGUGAGAGGAGAAAGCACUCGAACUCGUGUGUGCAAUAACCCUGCACCGGAAGCUGGUGGCAGGCCAUGCCAAGGAGAAAGCAUUGAAAAACGGCCCUGUGGUGAAGCAAAAUAGCUACGCAGUUCAAAACAG